AUGCCGACCUACAUCCUCUACCAGUAUGCCCCCUCUCUCCCCGCCGCCAUUGCGGCGACGGUCUGCUUCGGCCUCCUCACCACCAGCCAUGCCAUCCACUACUGCGCCCAGCGCACCUGGUUCUUCACCCCGUUCAUUAUUGGGGGGAUCUUCGAAACAGCCGGCUACAUCGGCCGCAUCAUCAACAGCACCCAGACCCCGAACUGGACCACAGCCCCGUAUAUAAUGCAAUCCCUGCUGCUGCUCGUCGCCCCCUCUCUCUUCGCGGCCUCCAUCUACAUGAUCCUGGCGCGCAUCAUCCGCCUCACCGACGGGGAUACUCGCUCCGUCCUGCCGGCCCACUGGAUCACCCGCGUGUUUGUCGUAGGGGAUGUCCUUGCUUUCCUGGCGCAGGCGGGAGGCGGAGGCCUUCUUGCCAAGUCCAAUUCACCAACCACCAUCCAAACAGCCAACCGGAUCAUCAUCGCCGGCUUGGGCAUCCAGGUCGUCUUCUUCGCGGCCUUUAUCCUCGUCUCAGCGGUUUUCCAUCAACGCAUGCGGUACCACCCUACGCGACGCGCGCGGAGGACCCGGGUGCCUUGGAAUGGGCUUCUGUGGGUGCUGUACCUCACCAACGGGCUCGUUCUGGGGAGGUCGGUGUUUCGGGUGGUGUGGUUGUAUGUGUUCGAUGGGGCGGUGAUGGCGUUGGUGAUGCUGGUUUUAUUGGUGUGGCAUCCGAGUCGGUUGCGGGGCGUGAGGAGGGAUUAUGUGAGGGGGCAGGGAGGAGGGAAGAAGAGGAGGAGGAGGAGGAAAAGAAGGGAGGAGGUAGAUGUGAGGGGAGUCUGGGUGUAA